CGCCAAUACGGUAGGCACAAUGAAUUCUCCAGGAUUAUAAACAGAUACAAGUUCGUUGUAGUUGUCUUCUGGGCCGCUUGGUGUGGCCCUUGCCGAAUUAUAUCGCCUGAAUUCGAGAAACUUUCAAACGAUAAGGCUUUCUCUCAGGUCGAUUUCUAUAAGAUUGAUAUCGAUGAACAAGUUAAAAUUGCUACGGAGGUUGGUAUACGUCAAAUACCAACCUUUGUUCUUUUCAAAUACGGGGCCCAAAUUUAA